AUGUCGCCUCUGAAUCACACACCGAAAUCGGAGAGUAAGAAAAAGGGCAAGAAGGAGGAAGAGAUGGAUGACGUCAAGACCCUCAUCUAUCACCGUGGCCAAAUCAAGAGGAAGGUCACAAUGAUCAACCAAACCCUGGAGGAAGCAGAGGACGAUCCGACGAAGAUUACGCCUUCACUGCUGAAGGUCUUCGCGAAGAGGCUGGAGCUGCACUACCAGGAGUACGAAGCAGCUCACCGAGAAGUGCUGGAUGCUACACCGCCGUCCAAAUUCGAGGAGCAGGGUGAAAUACAGAUGGCUUUCGACAUGCUGCAUAUCGAAGCGACGGAUCGACUCGAGCGGCUCUCCACGAAGCUGACUGCCGGUGGUGCUCCUGCAAUGGCAACCGGCAACCCACAGGUCAUCAUCCAGCAACAACUGUUGCGAGCUCCGAUUCCCAGCUUCGAUGGGAAAGUGGAGAAUUGGCCGAAGUUUCGAGCGAUGUUUGAGGACAUCGUCGGGCGCAGCAAUGAAUCCGACGCCAUGAAGCUGCACCAUCUGGACAAAGCCCUGAUCAGCGAAGCGUCCGGAUGGAUUACUGCAAAGAUGAUCCAGGAGAAUAACUUCCAGCAGACCUGGAAGCAGCUUCAAGACCAAUUCGAAAAUCCUCGUGUGAUCGUUGACACCCAUCUGGCGGGUCUCUUGGAGCUGAAACCGAUUGCGAAGAGGAACCACAAGGACCUGCUGGAGCUGGUCAAGGCGGUCAACCGGCACAUCGGAGGACUAGAGUACCAAGGCGUAAAGGUCGACGCGAUGUCUGGUCUCUUGCUGACAAAGAUCGUCACGGCCCGACUGGAUGACCAGACACUUCAGCUGUGGGAGAGGACCCAGGAGCACGGUAAGCUGCCUGACUUCGACAAGACCAUGCAAUUCCUGCAGAACGAGUGUCAGGUGUUGGAGCGAUUUCAGAACCGUCAACACCAAGCAUCUACAACGAAGGAAGGAAGCUUCAGGCCAUCCAACACGAAGUCUACAAGCCAGAAAGUGCACGCUGCAACCCCGACGAGCAAGCCUCAGCGUUGUCUACUGUGCGACGAGGAUCAUCGCCACUGCGAGUGCCCUAUGUUCAACAAGUGGACAACAACGCAACGUACAGAGAAGGUAAAGGAGUUGAAUCUGUGCUUCAACUGCCUAAGUCCAGGACAUCGAUCCGCCAAGUGCCCAUCCAGGAAGACUUGUGCAGAGUGCCAGCGAAGGCACCACACGCUUCUGCAUGAGAUCCCGAGGUCAUCACCGGAGAAGCUCGCUCAACCGGUACAGCAGGCAAGCACAGCUCCAGUGAACCAACCAGCGUCGCCAUCGCAGUUACCUUCUCGAUCAUCGUCAAACACGGCUGUUCCGAACAACCAACCGUUGGAACAGAAGACGGUGAUGCUCAUGACAGCUCUGGUGAAUUUGCGAGACCUCUGCAACAGGAAGGUACCCUGUCGUGUGCUUCUGGAUUCUGGAUCGCAGAUGAGCUUCAUUUCACGGAGUAUGGCAGAUCGUCUGGCGGUACACCGGGCUCCAACGCUUGUACCAAUUACGGGAGUAGGUGCAUCCAGGACUUGCGCUCAUGAGAAGUUGUCAGUGGCAGUCGAAUCCAGGUACACUGACUUCUCAACGAUGGUCGAAUGCUUGGUGAUUCCCAAGGUGACAGGAGUCAUCCCCACGACCCAGCUGGAUAUCUCGAAGUGGCCGAUUCCGAUAUCCGUGUUUCUGGCUGAUCCCGAGUUCAAUACGCCUGGCCAAAUCGAUAUGCUGCUUGGCGUAUCCCAUUUCCUCCGACUGCUCAAAUUGGGAAGAAUCCAGCUGCGAGACGACUUGCCCGAUCUCCAGGAGACGCAGUUCGGAUGGGUGGUAGCAGGUGACGUCGAGGAAGAGCAGAACGAUCAGCAAUGCUACGUAUCCACAGCCAGCACACUCUCCGAGACCAUGAAAAGGUUUUGGGAAGUCGAAGAAGUCAACGAUGCUGAUCAACCUACGGACCAGGAGGAAUGCGAAAAGAAGUUUCAGGAUACCCACUAUCGAGACGUGGACGGCAGAUAUGUUGUGUCGCUGCCUUUCCGAGAAUAUCCUCCCCAGCUGAAGGACAACCGAGAGUUAGCCCUGCGUCGCUUCUUUUCCCUCGAAAGGCGGAUGAAGAAGGAUCCUGCUCUCAAGCUCCAGUACAGCAAGUUCAUCGACGACUACGAAGCCCUGGGACACUGCCAAGAGAUCAUCGAGGAUUGCGAUGCACCGAGUCGACCCCGGUACUACAUGCCCCAUCAUGCGGAACUUCGUCCAUCGAGCUCCAGUACAAAGCUUCGUGUGGUGUUCGAUGCAUCAGCCAAGGCUUCGCCAUCUGACGUUGCUCUCAAUCAAGCUCUUCUGGUGGGAGCAACAGUGCAGAACGACAUCUUCGUCAUCCUCGUUCGCUUCCGGAAGCACUUCGUCGUGUUCACGGCUGAUAUUUCGAAGAUGUAUCGGCAGAUCAAGGUAGUUCCAGCCCAUUCGUGCUUCCAAAGGAUCUUCUGGCGAGAUGAUCCUGCGCAACCUCUUCGGGUACUGGAGUUGACAACGGUGACGUAUGGAACAGCGUGCGCUCCAUUCCUCGCGACAAGGUGUUUGUUGCAGCUGAGUAUCGACGAGGCCGACUCCUUCCCCAUCGCUGCGAACAUCAUCCGAGAAGAUUGCUACGUCGACGACAUCUUAUCUGGAGCUGAUACCGUAGCCGAAGCCAUCGAAUGCCAGACCCAGCUUAUUGGAAUGCUGAAAUCCGCUGGGUUCCCUGUCCAUAAGUGGAGCUCCAACUCUCCGAAGCUACUUGAAUGCAUCCCUGAAUCAGAUCGUGAGGAGUUGGUGAAUCUGACAGACGGCUGCGAAGGAGUCAUGAAAACUCUAGGUUUGACCUGGAGUCCGCAGCGGGAUGAGUUUGCAUUCGUCGCUAACCAUCUUGCUAACGAAUCCAAACCACCGACCAAGCGAUCUGUCCUUUCCGAAAUCAGCAAGCUGUUUGAUCCGAUUGGUCUUCUGUCCCCGGUAAUCAUUAUCGCCAAACUCAUCAUGCAGAGGAUUUGGCUAGCAGGAGUUCCGUGGGAUGCGAAACUGGAAGGCGACUUGUUACAAGAAUGGUUGCAAUUUCGAACUUCUCUUCAGCAACAAGUCACCAUUCCCCGUAUGGAGCUGCUGGGAGCGUUUCUCCUGGCUCGACUGGUUUCCAAGGUCCUCGGAUCGCUCGACUUGAAGGUGGACAAUACCAUUCUCUGGACGGACAGCCAGAUAGUCCUCGCUUGGCUGAAGAAACCACUGACAUCCCUUCAAGUGUUCGUUCGGAAUCGUAUCGGGAAAAUACAGGAGCUCGCCGGCCCGCUGAGUGCGCAAUGGAAGUACAUCUCAACGAAAGAAAAUCCGGCAGACAUCGUGUCACGAGGACAACUACCAGAAGCAUUGCGUACCAACGAUCUGUGGUGGACGGGACCCAAGUUUCUGCAGAGUGUAGAGUACGACGUGGAGAUCCCAGCAGAUCUACCUGACGAUGUCAUCCCGGAGAUUAGAGCAACACCGAUCAUCGCAGCAUCGGCCAUUAACCAAGAUGAGCUGCCUGUGUUUUCGAAGUACAGCUCAUUUCGGAAACUACAGCGUGUGACUGCUCUAGUUCAGCGAUUUAUUCGGAACUGCCGAAUAAAGAACGCCUCACAGCGCGUUACCAGUCAUCGUCCAACGAUUCCAGAGUUACGAGAGUCUCUGGAACUCAUCGUGAAGGUUAUCCAGCAUGAGACGCUAGCGGAUGAAAUUCAUCGCAUGGAAGCCAACGAGCCGUGCAAGCGGAUCUACGCGCUGCAUCCCAUCUACUGCAACGGAGUUCUACGACAUCAGUUCGUGUUACCAAAGCAUCCGAUCACCGACCUCAUCAUCAAGGCCUACCACGAGGAGCUAAUGCACAUCGGUCCCUCUGGUCUACUGGCGGCCCUUCGUCUGAAGUUUUGGCUGCUAGACGGACGAUCAUCCGUACGGAAGAUUACGAGAUCCUGCGUCCACUGUUUUCGUUCCAAACCCAAGGGGUCCAGCCAACUAAUGGGAAGCUUGCCGUCCUGCCGAGUGACCCAAGCACAUCCAUUCGAAAGGACUGGCGUAGACUACGCAGGCCCGGUACUGGUCAAGGAGGGCCGGUACAAACCACGACUUGUGAAGGCCUACAUUGCCGUAUUUGUUUGCAUGGCAACAAAGGCGGUUCAUCUGGAGUUGGUCUCCGACAUGACCAGCGAGGCCUUCUUAGCAGCAUUCCACCGGUUUACCAGUCGGCGUGGCUUGAGCAAGGAAGUAUAUUCCGAUAAUGGAAGUAACUUCAAGGGUGCCAAAUCGGAACUGCGCGAGCUGUAUCAACUCUUCCGAAACCGCGAAGCUGUUAACCACAUCGAGGAGUAUUGUCAACCGAAGGAAAUCGCCUGGCAUUUCAUCCCUCCCGAAGCACCGAAUUUCGGCGGCCUUUGGGAGGCUGCGGUGAAAAGUGCCAAGUACCAUCUAAAACGAACUUUGAGAGAUGCCAAGCUGACUUUUGAGGAAUACGCUACGGUAUUAACGCAGGUGGAGGCGAUCCUCAAUUCUCGACCUCUUUUCUCCAUCUCUGCCGACCCGUCUGAUCCAGAAGUAAUAACGCCUGGUCACUUUCUCGUUGGACGUCCUCUCAUCGCCACCCCAGAGCCUACCUACGACGAUGUGCCAUUGAAUCGAUUGUCCCGAUGGCAAUAUCUGCAGCAUCUUCGAGAGCAAUUUUGGAGACAGUGGAGGAAGGAUUAUCUACUGAGUCUGCAACCUCGAACGAAGAACCAACGAACCAGUCCGAAUAUUCGUCCUGGAAUGAUCGUUUUGGUUGAGGAGAAAGAUCUGCCAUCUCAAAGUUGGAGACUUGGUAGAAUAACCAACGUGUACCCUGGAUCGGACAAUCUUGUGCGAGCUGUCGACAAAUUCCCGUUUGAGGCACUGCGGAGCCCCAAACAGUUCUACAACUGGAACCACCUGGUGUGCGAGUUGAAGGCGAACUUAGUGCACUCGGAACUUGAUGCUGCGCUGAGGAUGAAAGCGUCUCAGCGGCAACAGCAGAUGAAUGAAUCCUUCCAAGAUUUUUAUCUUGAGAUGGAGAAGAUCUUCCGUGUUAUGCCUGCUCCGCUAAGUUCCCACGAGAAGCUAGACAUCCUCAAGCGAAACCUGAGGCCUGAUUACAAACAGGUACUCGUCUUCAAGCCGGUGAACACAUUGUCCGAGUUGAUGCUCAUCGGAAAGACUAUAGAUGCUUCCAAAACCUCCAUUUACCAAAAAGUAUUUGGAGUUCCCAAGGAAGCAUCUACAAUUUCAACCUCGUAG